GAGAAUUAAAAAAGUUUAAUAUCAGCCAGUGGUUUUCCAAAGAAUUUAUAUUUACUGUGAAAAUGGCAGAAUUUACUGAAGUGGGUGGGGUCAUGCAAAAACUGGAACAUGUUUUUUUAAACACAGAUAGGCUUCUACUCUCAGUUUCACCUCUUUUAUUUCAAUCAUACUCACCUAAUUGUGUUUUAGAUUCUAAAACAAGCAAUACAAUUAACUAUAUACAUCUUAAU